AUGGCGGACGCUCUGUGCGGACCCUCCAACGCGCUCCAGAACUUCCAGAAACACUCGUCCGUUGAUCGGACUCUGCAGCAGGACCGGCUGGUCUCGCGCCAGUCGCCGCAGCAGGAUUUCAGGACAGGACCAGGCCAGCAUGCUGGCGCGAUAGACCCUGAGUUCGAGGCCUUCCAGGCUGGCCAUCCUCCGCAACCCGAAGCCUUCCAGCGCUUCCCCGCCCAACAUGCGCCUCCGCCGAACUUCGCAGGCCCCGCCGCCCUGCCGGACUGGGCUGCCGACUUCCAGCGCAUGCACGUUUCCUCUCCGCCGCCGAUGCAGCAGCAGCAGCAGCACAUGCAGUCGCAGCAUAAUCACACCGCUUCGUGGCACCAGGACUUUAUGCGCCAACAGCAGCAGGCUGCAUCGCCAGCCCCACAGGCGGGGGUGGCUCCUGCGAGGCCAAUGUAUUCUGGCGCACCCAUGAUGGGAUAUGGUGCAGGCCAGUUUGCCCACCAGCAGCCUUUCAUGGCUCAGCAGGGCAUGAACGAGCAGCCAAGGCAAAAGGAGCCGGUCUUUGACGAUGCCGCUUUCGCCAGCGCAUUCGACGCGGCAGCGGCAGAAAUGCUGCACGCCGAAACAGAAGCUCAAGCAGAGGCGCAGACCGUGCAGCAGGAAGCACCUCAGAGACCGGCAAUGUCAAAUUGGGAGACGGAUUUGGACAUGUUGCUCCCACCGGAAGACGACACUGUUCUAGCGUUCAUGAAGGAGCAUGCUUUCAACGAGUACUGCCGCCAUCAAAUGACCGAGUAUCUACCACGAGCCAACACGAGGGAUCCCGCCUCUGCCCCCGACCACAGUCUGGCAUCACUCUAUUUAGGUGCACUGGAAAAACUGGAACCCAAAGCGUUUCUGGGGUUGCCGCCAGACCCUCUCUUGGAGCGCGUGUUGGACGAACUGGUAAACUCACAAGACGUCGUCUACGAUGAACAGUUCAUGUUCAAAGCAAGAGCUGCAAGACUUCGCGAUCAGAUCAAAGCCAAUCAUCCACGCUACUUUGAUCCGGAGGAGUCGCAGAAAGCCAGGGAGCAGGAGGACCCCCGUUUGAGGACGGCACGAUUGAGGAUGUUCCAGAAUUCUCUACAGAACCAGGACUCCAUAUCCGCGGCAGACAAGCAACAACUUGAAGCUGCAAAGUUCAACCAACUCGUGGCAGACGUAGGAACCGAAUCAAGACUCUUUCCGGUCGUAGCGAGCAGCACCAUAACGGCAACAGACAUUCGAACAACCAUCCGGUCAGAGAUGUCCUCCUUGAACCAGCGACCGGAAGAGCUCCUCCGGAACAUGAAUCCUCCCGAGAUGGUACUUAACGAGACUCCCCAACCUCUACAGCAUUCAGUCCAUGAGCAACAGCAGCAGCAGCAGCAGCAGACUCCCCUCAACAAUGAUGACGAAGAGUUGGCGAGAACGGCUGGCCAAUUGGUGGAUAGCGUCUCCCACGACACGAGUCAGAAAUUCGUGCAAAGCAGGUUCCUGGCCUUAAUGAGGCAACUUCGGGAUCACGAAGUCCGUGUCGACGGAGACAAGAUAGUCGAAACCACACCAUCGACAAUUCCAGCCAACCAGCAAGACCUGGACCUCGGCCGCAAUGGGGGCGACGACAGCAACAGGACCAUGACCGGAGCCCUACCGACAGAUGGCAACGAUGGUAACGACGUUGGUGAGUUGCGCGCUUAA